GCACAAUCGAUUCGCAACCAUGGCAAACAAAGCUCUCGUCCUCCUGGCCGUGCUCUUCUGCGCCCAAGCCGUUCUCGGCGUGACCAUAGUCUCCAAGUCAGAGUGGGGUGGUCGUUCCGCCACGAGCAAGACCUCGCUGGCCAGCUACUUGAGCUAUGCCGUGAUCCACCACACCGCUGGAAACUACUGCAGCACCAAGGCCGCCUGCAUCACCCAGCUGAAGAACAUCCAGGCCUACCACAUGGACUCCCUGGGCUGGGCCGAUAUCGGCUACAACUUCCUGAUCGGCGGAGACGGCAACGUGUACGAGGGUCGUGGCUGGAACGUCAUGGGUGCUCACGCCACCAACUGGAACUCCAAGUCCAUUGGCAUCUCCUUCCUGGGCAACUACAACACCAACACCCUCACCUCUGCUCAGAUAACCGCUGCCAAGGGUCUGCUCUCCGACGCCGUCAGUCGCGGCCAGAUCGUUUCCGGAUACAUCCUGUACGGACAUCGCCAGGUCGGAACGAGAUCCGCACCUGGUCCAACUGGAAGGCUUAAGAGCACUAAGGAAAUGCAGUAAAAAAAUAAAAAUCAGUUCCAAUAAAAUCUUAAGACUACAAUCGCACACAAUAAUA